AUGGUGCAUGGUUCAUGGGGCGUGCAUGGUGCAUGGUUCAUGGGGCGUGCAUGGUGCAUGGUUCAUGGGGCGUGCAUGGUGCAUGGUUCAUGGGGCGUGCAUGGUGCAUGGUUCAUGGGGCGUGCAUGGUGCAUGGUUCAUGGGGCGUGCAUGGUGCAUGGUUCAUGGGGCGUGCAUGGUGCAUGGUUCAUGGGGCGUGCAUGGUGCAUGGUUCAUGGGGCGUGCAUGGUGCAUGGUUCAUGGGGCAUGCAUGGUGCAUGGUUCAUGGGGCGUGCAUGGUGCAUGGUUCAUGGGGCGUGCAUGGUGCAUGGUUCAUGGGGCGUGCAUGGUGCAUGGUUCAUGGGGCGUGCAUGGUGCAUGGUUCAUGGGGCGUGCAUGGUGCAUGGUUCAUGGGGCGUGCAUGGUGCAUGGUUCAUGGGGCGUGCAUGGUGCAUGGUUCAUGGGGCGUGCAUGGUGCAUGGUUCAUGGGGCGUGCAUGGUGCAUGGUUCAUGGGGCGUGCAUGGUGCAUGGUUCAUGGGGCGUGCAUGAUGCAUGGUUCAUGGGGCGUGCAUGGUGCAUGGUUCAUGGGGCGUGCAUGGUGCAUGGUUCAUGGGGCGUGCAUGGUGCAUGGUUCAUGGGGCGUGCAUGGUGCAUGGUUCAUGGGGCGUGCAUGGUGCAUGGUUCAUGGGGCGUGCAUGGUGCAUGGUUCAUGGGGCGUGCAUGGUGCAUGGUUCAUGGGGCGUGCAUGGUGCAUGGUUCAUGGGGCGUGCAUGGUGCAUGGUUCAUGGGGCGUGCAUGGUGCAUGGUUCAUGGGGCGUGCAUGGUGCAUGGUUCAUGGGGCGUGCAUGGUGCAUGGUUCAUGGGGCGUGCAUGGUGCAUGGUUCAUGGGGCGUGCAUGGUGCAUGGUUCAUGGGGCGUGCAUGGUGCAUGGUUCAUGGGGCGUGCAUGGUGCAUGGUUCAUGGGGCGUGCAUGGUGCAUGGUUCAUGGGGCGUGCAUGGUGCAUGGUUCAUGGGGCGUGCAUGGUGCAUGGUUCAUGGGGCGUGCAUGGUGCAUGGAGAAUGCAUGGUGCAUGACCCGUGAUCCCUGGCGCAUGGUGCACAGUGCAUGGCUCAUGGCUUGUGGUGCAGGUUCAUGGUGUGUGGUUCAUGAUGCAAGUGUGACCGUGCAUGUGUCAUGGUGCAUGUGUCAUGGUGCAUCUGUCAUGGUGCAUCUGUCAUGGUGCAUCUGUCAUGGUGCAAGGCUCAUCCACAAUCCCCACUAUGAAGCGUGA